UCCUCUCUAAAACCAAUAAAAAUAUAUUUUAAAAAAUUAAAAAAGAAAAGAAAAGGGGGUGUGAGUAGACAGGUAGAAGGCCUUGUAGAGAUAAAAGCCUGAAAGCCUCUCGCUUGCGGGGUCCACCUCCCCCUCCCAGCCUGGUUUCCCCUCAGUGGUUUCUCCAGCUCCGCCCUCUCAGCACCUCCAGCCUGGUCUUAGUUUCCUGUCCCCAGCACUCUGGUCGGCAGCAGCAUGGCACGAACUGUCCAUCUCUCCUGCUUCCUGGUCCUGUUGGUGGCAGGUCUAGCCCAAGGCAUCGAGGACUCCCUCAGAGUCCAGAACCCAGGUGCAGGGCCGCUGGAGCUGAAAGAGGUCUUCACUCUGUUCCAGAUCCAGUAUAACCGAAGUUACUCGAACCCAGCAGAGUAUGCUCACCGCUUGGAUAUCUUUGCCCGAAACCUGGCCCACGCUCAGCGGCUGCAGGAGGAGGACUUGGGCACAGCCGAGUUUGGGGUGACUGCAUUCAGUGACCUCACAGAGGAGGAGUUUGACCAGCUGUAUGGGAAUCAGAGGGCAGCUGGAAGGGCCCCCAAUGUGGACAGAGAGGUAGGAUCUGAUGAGUGGCAGGAGUCAGUGCCCUCCACGUGUGACUGGCGGAAGGCGCCCGGUGUCAUGUCACCUGUCAAGGACCAGAAAACCUGCUCGUGCUGCUGGGCCAUGGCGGCUGCAGGCAACAUCGAAGCCCAGUGGGGCAUUAAGACCAGACAGUCUGUGGAAGUCUCUGUGCAGGGUACAGCUGGGAGAGGGGGCAUGUGUGCCAAUGGGGGCAGGGGGCCUGGGGAUCAGUCACCCACAUUGUCCCUUCUUGCACCAGAACUACUCGACUGUGGCCGCUGUGGGGAUGGCUGCAGUGGCGGCUUCGUCUGGGACGCAUUCAUAACUGUCCUCAACAACAGUGGCCUGGCUAGCGAAAAGGACUACCCAUUCCAGGGGGCGGUCAGAGCCAAGUGCCAGGCUAAGAAGCACAAAAAGGUGGCCUGGAUCCAGGAUUUCAUCAUGCUGUCGGACAACGAGCAGAGAAUUGCCUGGUACCUGGCCACUGAGGGCCCCAUCACUGUGACCAUCAACAAGAAGCUAUUGCAGCAAUACCAGAAUGGUGUGAUCAAGGCCACACAAACCACCUGUGACCCUCAAAAUGUGGACCAUGUUGUCCUGCUGGUGGGUUUUGGUAAGACCAAGUCGGUGGAGGGGAGGCAGGCAAAGGGCGUCCCAGGCCAUUCUCGUCGUCGCUCCACCCCAUACUGGAUCCUGAAGAACUCCUGGGGGGCCAACUGGGGUGAGAAGGUGAGUGUGAUAUUGGGACAGGACAGGGCAGGGCUCUCCCCGCCUUCUGGCCCUGCCCUGAUGUCCUCUGACUUCCUAGGGUUAUUUCCGGCUGCACCGAGGGAGCAAUGCCUGUGGUAUCACCAAGUACCCGAUUACUGCCCGAGUGGAUAAACCAGCUAAGAAGGUCUCCUGCCCUCCCUGAGCCCGCCCCUCGCUCUCGCCUGCUAUGCCUGCUGCGUCCUUGCUGGCCACCCCCAAAGUCUUCUCCUGUCCUCCCAACCCUCUUGCUAUGCGUUGAAUAAACAAAGACAAGAUUCUGUACUCUCA